CCCCACAAUGCACUUUUCCACCUCAACUAAACAUUCACCUUCCUCUGAUAGCGAAUAACUUUCACUUUCUCGCUUUAAUUCAUCCCACAUAUCUGCGACGACUGUUGUUCCUGGUGUUUGCCGUUUUAGAGGCUGGCCGGUUGUUGCUGGUCCAUCUUCCCAGCCUGUGGGAUCAGGGUCUAGGAUGGAUCCAGAAUAUGAACAUCGCCUCCUCCGCCAAAUCAACAUUCAAAAUGACAACUUGAGUCCUGUUAAAUUGAUACGGAGUCAUCACAGUCGAACACCAACUGGUUCCCCGUUAUCCUCACCCAGUAAGCUUGGAGACCGAUUUAUCCCAACCAGAGCGGGGGCCAACUGGAACAUCAACUUCCACAGGAUCAAUGAAAAUGAGAAGUCACCAAGUCAGAACAGAAAAACAAAGGAUGCUUCUUCUGAUAAUAUCAAAGCAGAUGGGCUGGCCUACUCUGCUUUACUGAAAAAUGAACUUCUGGGAGCAGGAAUAGAAAAGAUUCAGGACCCCCAGACAGAAGACAGACGUCUACAGCCAUCCACCCCUGAGAAGAGGAGUCUCUUCACUUUUUCACUCAAUACAAAAAGGUCAUCUCCAGAUGACGGCACCAGCAUUUCCCCCUACUCCCUAUCACCUGUCAGCAACAAAAGUCAAAAAUUGUUACGUUCACCGAGGAAGCCAACUCGCAAGAUCUCAAAGAUCCCCUUUAAAGUGCUUGAUGCUCCAGAGCUGCAGGACGACUUUUACCUCAACUUAGUGGACUGGUCUUCUCUCAACGUGCUCAGUGUCGGGCUAGGCACAUGUGUUUACCUGUGGAGUGCCUGUACCAGCCAGGUAACAAGGCUGUGUGAUCUGUCAGUGGAAGGAGACUCCGUCACAUCAGUUGGGUGGUCUGAAAGGGGCAACCUGGUGGCAGUGGGGACUCACAAAGGAUACGUUCAGAUCUGGGACGCUGGUGCUGGGAAGAAACUCUUUGCCUUGGAAGGACACACGGCUAGAGUUGGAGCGUUAGCAUGGAAUGCAGACCAGUUGUCGUCGGGAAGCCGUGACCGUAUGAUUCUUCAAAGAGACAUACGGACGCCUCCACUGCAGUCAGAAAGACGGCUGCAGGGACACAGACAGGAAGUGUGUGGCUUAAAGUGGAGCACUGACCAUCAGCUGCUCGCAUCUGGUGGCAAUGACAAUAAGCUGCUGGUCUGGAACCACUCCUCACUGAGCCCAGUGCAGACAUACAUGGAUCACCUGGCUGCAGUUAAAGCCAUUGCCUGGUCCCCCCACCAGCACGGCCUGCUGGCCUCUGGAGGCGGCACUGCCGAUCGCUGUAUUCGAUUUUGGAACACGCUGACGUCGCAGCCGCUGCAGUGUAUGGACACCGGCUCACAGGUCUGCAACCUGGCCUGGUCCAAGCAUGCAAAUGAGCUGGUUAGCACCCAUGGCUACUCUCAGAACCAGAUCUUGGUCUGGAAAUAUCCAGCUCUCACUCAGGUGGCCAAGCUCACAGGACACUCCUAUAGAGUCCUUUACCUGGCAAUGUCCCCGGAUGGCGAGGCAAUAGUGACAGGAGCUGGAGAUGAGACUCUACGCUUCUGGAACGUAUUCAGCAAAACAAGGUCAACAAAGGAAUCUGUAUCAGUUUUAAAUCUCUUCACCAGGAUACGGUAACUUAAAAAAAAUUCAAAUUUGAGUGGUGCCUGGGUGUUAUCACUCGGCAGCUCAUAAACAUGGUGCUAAGGACAAACAUUGCAAUCUAAGGCAUCUUGUGGCAUUUUUUCACAUAGGAAAUGACAGCGAGAACAACUGAGCUAUUUUUUUUUAACGCUAAUAAUUGUUUUGGGAGAUUCUUUUUGACGUGUGUGCCUUCAUGAUGAUUGUAAAAACAUUUUUACUUUUUAAAAAUGUAUAAGUGGGUUGAUUUCCAUUUGUUUUGUAUUCACAAGAGAUCAUAGGCCUUACUUAAAAAUAUUGUGAUACCGUUUGCAUUGUUGUGGAAUCUGAACUGUGGAGAGAGUAUUUUCAGUUUUUGUUUAACUCAGGUCUAAUUUAUUUAACGCACUUGUUAUGUGGUAAAACAUUCAAUGAACGAAUCAUCUGUCAUGGAGGAAUGGAGAUUCAGUGGAGAAAAAGAUGACUAAAAUGUAAAAACUAAACCUAAUCACCUACUAAGGCUUCUACAGUAUGUGUAUGUUUACUGUGAUCCUUAGAUUACUAAGGUUGAAGAGUGGUUGGCUGAAGUAAUGCAGUUUGCCACUGUGGCCAGAAAGUCUAAUGCUGUGCAUCUAGACAUAUACUACAUGGUUGAUUCUCUGUAGUAAAGGAAGAAAUAA